GGGUAUUCUGUCCCGUCCCGCGUGCCGUCCCAACCCGCGUUGCUAAGGCAACCAGAAACAAAUGCCGGCGCCUCAUCUCCGCCUCCGGGAAAGGGGCUCGUCGGGGGCUGAGUCCGCGGCUUUCCUACCUUUCCUUCCGCCCCCGCUUCCCCAACAGUCUGCUCUUCGUGGCGCUCCGGAGGUGAAAAAAAGGCUUACUAAGAUACAAUGGCUAUUCCAUUCUCCAAUACCACUCAACGGAUUCCUCCAGGAUUUGCAAACCUGCUGGAAGGGCUUGCCAGGGAAGUCUUGAGGAGCCAACCUGAAGAUAUACCAACCUUUGCAGCCAAGUAUUUUGAAACUCUUCUCAUUGAAAGAGAGAAAACUGGAUAUGAUCCCUGUGAAUGGGGAGCAAAGCUAGAAGAUCGAUACUACAAUAACCGUGCUUUUAACGAACUUGCACCACCUGGGGGUGGCGAUAAACCAGAGGAGAAGAAAGAAGAACCUGCUGCACAACCAGAGGAGGCUGUUGAGAAACCAGGAACAGAAGGUAGCAGUAUUAGUUUUACAGAAGAACAAGCAGCCACAAAAAUUCAGGCCACUUACAGGGGGUACAAAACAAGAAAAGAAGUAAAAGGUUCGAAAGAAGUGGAAGAAGAAGAAGAGGGAGUCAAAGAGGAAGCUGAAAAUGAAGCUGGAACGGAAGAGGGGAAAAGCAAGCUUGAGGAUGAAGAACCACAAUAAUCAGCCAGAACAGCCGUGCCAGCAGUCAGUUUUAAAACUGGCUUAAGGCAAAGUCACAUGGAUCUGGAAUAGAAGUGUGUGCCAAGUUUAUGAAAUAAACAACCAACUUUAAAAAAAAGAAAGAAA